AUGCUUCGGCUCGCAUCAUCUCGUGCCACGCGCAGAUGUGCUCCCAAAAAGCUUGUGACUCAGUCCUGUCUCCGCCCCUUUACUUCCUCGAAUCAACGGAAGGCGGACGUAACUUUGACUGUGGAUGGAAAAGAGGUCACUGUCCCUCAAGGCUCGCACCGCAGUGCUCUCAUCCAGGCUUGUGAAGCUGCUGGUUCGCCUAUACCAAGAUUCUGUUACCAUGACCGUCUCGCCAUUGCCGGCAACUGCAGAAUGUGUCUAGUUGAGGUCGAGCGUUCGCCAAAGCCCGUGGCAUCAUGCGCAAUGCCCGCCAUGCCUGGUACUAAAGUCUUUACGAAUACCCCAUUAGUUCAUGAAGCGAGAGAAGGAGUGAUGGAAUUCCUUUUGGCCAAUCAUCCUCUCGACUGCCCUAUUUGCGAUCAGGGUGGUGAAUGCGAUCUCCAAGAUCAGUCCAUGAGAUAUGGCUCGGACCGUUCUCGAUUCCAUGAAAUCACUGGAAAGCGAGCUGUCGAAAACAAAGACCUCGGACCACUCGUGAAAACAUCCAUGAAUCGUUGUAUUCAAUGCACGCGAUGCGUCCGUUUUGCUAACGACGUCGCUGGUGUCGAGGAACUGGGGACCACUGGCCGUGGGAACGACAUGCAGAUUGGUAUGUAUGUCGAGAGGACGAUGGAUUCUGAACUUUCCGGAAAUAUCGUCGACCUGUGCCCAGUGGGGGCCCUGACCUCAAAGCCUUAUGCAUUCCAUGCUCGGCCUUGGGAGUUGAAGAACACUGAAUCUGUGGAUGUCCUGGAUGCCCUUGGUUCCAACAUCCGGGUAGAUUCUCGUGGCGUUGUGGUAAUGCGUAUUCAGCCUCGAACAAACGACGACGUGAAUGAAGAAUGGAUUAGUGACAAGACCCGCUACGCAUAUGAUGGUCUUCGGUUCCAGCGACUAACAACUCCCCUCAUUAAGAGCGGUGAUCGCUUUAUUCCUGCCUCUUGGGAGGAAGCGUUGGCCGCCGUUGCUGACGGGCUAGUACGAUCUGGAGCCGCAGGUGACGAGAUCAAAGCUAUUGCGGGUCACCUUGCAGAUACCGAGUCCCUCGUGGCUUUGAAGGAUCUUGUUAACCGACUGGGUUCGGAUAAUCUAGCCACUGAUGAGCUCGGAGGUGCCGGGUAUCGCCUCCCAGCUCAUGGUGUUGACAUUCGUUCCAACUACCUCUUCAACUCGACCAUCCUGGGGCUCGAUAAGACAGACGCCGUUCUCUUGGUCGGAACUAACCCUCGCCAUGAGGCUGCUGUUCUCAAUGCACGUAUACGCAGAGCCUAUCUCUACAGGAACUUGAAAAUUGGCUUGAUUGGUGAAGCGGUGGAUCUUCGCUACGAGUAUGAGCAUCUAGGCACGGAUGCCAGUGUUAUUGGGAAAUUGGCCACCACCAACAGCGUCUUCUAUAAGUCUUUCAAGGCGGCGAAGAAUCCCAUGGUCAUUGUUGGAAGUGGCGUCAACGAGCACCCUGAUGCUCACUUGAUAUACCAGUCAUUGGCAAAGUUUGUUGAGGCACACAGGAUCCCUCUCCAAACUCCCGAGUGGAACGGGUUUAAUGUUUUACAACGCGUCGCGUCAAGGGCUGCUACCUACGACAUUGGGUUCGUCCCUUCGAAGAAAGCCACUUCCACCAAGCCCAAGUUUAUUUAUUUGCUCAAUGCUGAUGAACUGGACCCUGCAUCGAUCCCACCGGAUGCUUUCGUGGUCUACCAGGGACAUCAUGGUGAUCUUGGCGCUCAGCUUGCCGAUGUUAUCCUUCCGAGUGCUGCGUACACUGAGAAAAGUACGACAUGGAUCAAUACCGAAGGCCGGGCACAGUUAGGCCGAACGGCUGUUCCUCCACCGGGCGCCAGUAGAGAGGAUUGGAAGAUCAUUCGCGCCAUCUCUGAAGCUGUCGGUACUCCGCUGCCAUACGACGAUGUUCUUUACCUCCGUGAUCGCAUGUGGGAAAUCUCGCCUUCUCUCGUUCGUUAUGACAUCACGGAGCCAACAUCGAAUGCUGUUGCUGCCUUGGGUAUCAACAACCUUGCCACCCGUAAGGCUGCUCCUGCUACCAAUGUGCCGCUCAACAGGCCAGUUGCGAAUUUUUACCAAACAGAUCCUAUCUCAAGAGCAUCCGUGACCAUGGCUCAGUGUACACGCGCCUUCGUCAAGGGCGAAAACUAUGGCUUCUCAGAAACUGAAAAGGGAGCACAAGCAGCUGUCGCCUAA